GGGGGGCAGGCGGCGUGGCCCGGCCGAGCCGGCUUUGCUCCCUUGGGAUGCAGGCUCCCUGUGAGCCCGGCCUGCUCCACGCCUGGCCUGCUGGCUUCCGGCUGCUGCCUGCGCCCUGUCUUGUCUCAUGGUUUUGUUUUUCAUUUUUUUAUCUGUAGGUUUUGCCCGAAUUUUGUUGUCCGUGUAGUAACGCCGGCCUUGUGCCAGGAUCAGGGACACGGGCUCAGCUCAAUCCACCCGAAGGCAGCUAAAAAUCAUCCGUAAUAAAGAGCUCAGGAGAGACCGCGAUUUGGCCGGAAGGGCUUGGCUGGGCUUGCGAGUGCCUGGGGUUUGGUUUGCUGAGCCCCACAGCAGUAAUGGCCACCUACACUUGCAUCACUUGCCGUGUGGCUUUCAAGGAUGGUGACAUUCAGCGUGCCCAUUACAAAACCGACUGGCACAGGUACAACCUGAAGCGUAAAGUGGCUGACAUGCCUCCUGUUACUGCUGAGAAUUUCCAAGAGAGAGUCCUGGCACAGAGAGCAGUAGCAGAGGAGCAGAACAAAAUCACUGCCACUUACUGCACAGUGUGCAGCAAGAGGUUCUCCACCUUCAAUGCCUAUGAGAAUCACCUGAAGUCCAAGAAGCACCUGGAGCUGGAGAAGAAAGCUGUCCAAGCUGUCAGCAAGAAGGUGAAAAUAUUAAAUGAGAAGAAUCUGGAAAAGGGGCUGGCCCCAGAGAGCGUAAAUAAAGAUGAAAUGAACACAGCUAUUCAGCAAGCCAUCAGAGCCCAGCCAUCUUCAUCUCCAAAGAAGACACCUCUACCUCCUAGUCAUGCGAGUAGCUCUCCAGUUUCCAGGGAAAGCACCAGCUUGUCCCAGAGCAAAGAACGACCAGAAAUACCUCCACGGCUGCAGUGGUUUGAACAGCAAGCAAGGAAGCUGGCCAAGCAACAGGCAGAGGAAGAAGAGGAUAAUGAGGAAGAUUGGGAAGAUAUGGAUUCUGAUGAAGACAUUGGCUCUGAUGAAGAGAUGGAAAGUGUGGAAGAAGAAGAAGGGGAACAGGAGGCAGAGGCUGAAAGCAUUCCUGCUGUUGGGGCCAUACCAGUCACAGACUGCUUGUUCUGUUCCCAUCACUCAAGAUCUCUCACAAAAAAUGUGGCGCAUAUGACAAAAAUCCACAGCUUCUUCAUUCCAGACAUAGAGUACCUUGUGGAUCUCAGAGGACUAAUCAAGUAUCUUGGAGAGAAAGUCGGCGUUGGGAAAAUCUGCAUCUGGUGCAAUGAAAAGGGGAAAUCCUUCUACUCUACGGAAGCGGUCCAGGCUCAUAUGAAUGAUAAAAGCCAUUGCAAACUCUUCACAGAUGGAGAUGCUGCCCUGGAAUUUGCAGAUUUCUACGAUUUUAGGAGCAGUUAUCCUGAUCACGAGGAUGGGAAAGAUGUGGAGGGUCUUGGAAAGCACUCAGCAGAGAAAGAGUUGGAUUAUGAUGAUGACACCAUGGAGCUGAUCCUUCCAUCAGGUGCCAGAGUGGGUCACCGUUCCUUGAUGAGGUACUACAAGCAGCGUUUUGGUGUGACAAGAGACGUGGCUGUUGCAAAGAACAGGAAAGCCGUGGGUCGGGUGCUGCAGCAGUACCGGGCCUUGGGCUGGACAGGGCAGGCAGGGGCCAUCUCUGCUCAGCAGCGUGACAUGCAGUACCUGCAGAGGAUGAAGUCAAAAUGGAUGCUCAAGACAGGAAUGAGUAACAAUGCUACAAAGCAGAUGCAUUUCCGGAUGCAAGUCAGAUUCUGAGUUCCAAAGAGAGCUGCCUACAACUGGUUAUGGGAAGGGGGAUUUAAUGGUUUCUGGGUUGUGGAUUCUCCUAUUAAAAUGGACUCGGUACCUAUCAAAUGCUGA